AUGCAGAUCUUUGUCAAGACCCUUACCGGCAAGACCAUCACUCUUGAGGUCGAGUCGUCGGAUACCAUCGACAACGUCAAGUCGAAGAUUCAGGACAAGGAGGGCAUUCCUCCCGACCAGCAGCGCCUGAUUUUUGCUGGCAAGCAGCUUGAGGAUGGCCGUACCCUGUCCGACUACAAUAUCCAGAAGGAGUCGACCCUUCAUCUCGUCCUCCGCCUUCGCGGUGGUAUGCAGAUCUUCGUCAAGACCCUGACUGGCAAGACCAUCACCCUCGAGGUUGAGUCUUCCGACACCAUCGACAAUGUGAAGUCGAAGAUUCAGGAUAAGGAGGGUAUCCCUCCUGAUCAGCAGCGCCUCAUUUUUGCUGGCAAGCAGCUUGAGGACGGCCGUACCCUCUCCGAUUACAAUAUCCAGAAGGAGUCUACUCUCCACCUUGUCCUUCGCCUUCGUGGUGGUAUGCAGAUUUUCGUCAAGACGCUCACCGGAAAGACCAUUACGCUGGAAGUCGAGUCCUCGGACACGAUUGACAACGUCAAGUCCAAAAUCCAGGACAAGGAGGGUAUUCCCCCUGACCAGCAACGUCUCAUCUUUGCUGGCAAGCAGCUUGAGGACGGUCGCACCCUGAGCGACUACAACAUUCAAAAGGAGUCCACCCUUCACUUGGUUCUGCGUCUCCGUGGUGGUAUGCAAAUCUUCGUCAAGACCCUGACUGGAAAGACAAUUACUUUGGAAGUCGAAUCAUCCGAUACGAUUGACAAUGUCAAGUCCAAGAUUCAGGACAAGGAGGGUAUUCCCCCUGACCAGCAACGUCUCAUCUUUGCUGGUAAGCAGCUGGAAGAUGGCCGCACCUUGAGCGAUUAUAACAUCCAGAAAGAAUCCACCCUUCACUUGGUUCUGCGUCUUCGUGGUGGCAACUAA